UGGAACGACCAGGAGAGGUUUCACACAGGGGCGGGGGAUUGUAAAUAAGGGGCGGAGCUACACCGGGUAAUAAAGCGGAGCCACCGGCGCUUAGAUUCACUUCAAGCACAGGCAAAGAGAUACACGCAUCUGUUACAGAAGUCUGAAGGAUUAACGCAGCUCUCGGAUUAGCCUGUGGAGUGUUACUGACUUCACGCACCCUUCGAAUAAUUCUUUAAUACCAAGGACCACUACAGGUACCUCUGCAUCUGAAGUUUAUUCUGGUUUACUUGUGUGUAUAGCAACAUGGUCAGGCACAGCAAGUUUGGGCAGGCAGUGAGCAGCUUCGGAUUCAGUCAUAACAGAUUCAGGACAUUCAGCUCCAUGGCGGAGUACGAGUUGGUGCAUGGUACAUGGUGUCAACUCCAGGAGUGUGGCUUCUACUGGGCUUCGAUUAGUGGCAAGGAAGCAUGCACUAUGCUGGAACGGGAGCCGAAUGGCACUUUCCUGAUCCGUGACAGUGCUGACAGGAAGCAUUUCUUCACGUUGUGUGUCAAGACACCAAUGGGCACCAGGAAUGUCCGUGUGGAGUGUGACAACAACACAUUCUUCCUGCAGACAGAUCCUGAGAGUGAGCAAACAGCACCGCGAUUUGACUGCGUGGUCAAGCUUGUGUGUUACUAUAUGAAAAUGCUGAAACAGUCAAAGGACAACUCGCGUGUUUCAUACUACAUCUACUCACAUGGGGAGAAGGUUCCCCUGGAACUGUGCCAACCUUAUUUAUCCAGAAUGUCCUCACUUCAGCACCUGUGCAGAAAGACAGUCAAUGGCCACGUGGAAAUCUUAGCCAAUACAGACGAGCUGCCUUGGCCAAUAAAGAAGUUUCUGAAGGCAUAUGAUGCUCCUAUUUAAAUGACAAAUACUGGUGAUAUGACGUAGUCACACUGAUAUCAACGAUUUUGAGUAGAGCGGCUAAGAGAACGGAAGUGAUGAAAUGGAUAGAUUAAAGUGAUGUGGGAUCACUGCCAUAUUGACAUGGGUGAAGAUCAAGAAGCGCUACAAUGACUGAAGUGAUGAAAUUCAAAAAGCUAGGAGUAGACAGACGAGGAAAUCAAGAGACUGUGCUCAGAAAGGUGAAACUCUGCAAACCCAGCCAGCUUCAGGGAGCAGAUAUUUGGACUGUAACUAGUUGGUUUGAGUUGGUUAACAGAUUAGAUUAGUUAACACAAACCAAGUGUGCUGCUAUUUGUCAUGUUGGGAGAUACAACCCCACUGAACUCCCUCAGACACUCUUAUUUGCACAAUAAAUUAACAUCAAGACAGUAGUCCGCUGUUUAAUUAUUUUGGCAACUGAACCAAGAUAAGAAGAGUUAGCUAGUACAAAAGACUUUCUUUGUGAAUGGAAUAGUUGCACUAUUUCUCUGCCUUUGUAACAUGAUCACUUUUUAUACCCCAUUGGGAAUUGACCUCAGUACUGCAAAUACAGGGAACAUUGCUGUCUGGACAUUUAAUAAAAUCCAGUCACCCACCACCUUCUUCCAAGGAAGCAUUUGUGGAAAAAGUAAGAACUAAACAUUCAACAGCACAACAAGGAAGCCAGGCGAGAAGUUUAACGAAAUCCCAAAUGAGUUCUACUCUUUUAGAUAAAAACCUGUAUAGAGAAAUAGUCAAUUAAAGGACAGCUGAAAAAAGUACUCUAAUGGUGAUGGACUUAUUUUUAUUUACUUCAUUUGGUAAUCUUUGUUCAGGGUAAAUUUUCUGUGUGAUGAUGUGAGAAGGCAGUAACAGAAAGUGCUUGCUUUGUAAAUGUAUUUGGAUCUUGAAACUUAAAUCUGUUAAAUGGGCCAGUGUCCAUCCUCAUAUAAUCUUGUACUUGUUUACAUUAUGUGAAGAUGAUGUUAAACUGCUGUUGUUUUAAUGCUACAUCUUUUAAUGUGACUCCAUGUGAUUGCUUGAAAAAAAAAGAUACAGCAACAAAAGCAAGCAGACUGAACAUAUUUGCACAAUAUUUAUAUUUCUAAGCAUUUUUAGUAAUUUAUAUUAAAGUGCACUAUUUUUCUAACAA